GGAGAUGUGAAUGUGGCCAAUGCACUUGUUUCCCUCCAGGAGACAACAGAGUUCAUGGCAAAAACUGUGAAUGUGAUGAUCGGCAGUGUGAAAAUGCAGAUGGCAAAGUCUGUGGGGGCCAUGGAAUCUGCUCGUGUGGCCGAUGCAUUUGCCAGGAUGGGUGGUUUGGAAAGUUGUGCCAGCACUCAAGGAAGUGCAACAUGACAGAGGAGGAGAGCAGAAGCCUCUGCGAGUCAGCGGAUGGCGUGUUGUGCUCCGGGAAGGGUUCCUGCCACUGCGGAAAGUGCAUCUGUUCACCCCAGGAGUGGUACAUUUCGGGUGAUUUCUGUGAAUGYGAUGACAGAGAUUGUGACAAACACGACGGUCUCAUUUGCACAGGUAACGGUGUUUGUAGCUGUGGAAACUGUGAGUGCUGGGAAGGAUGGAAUGGAAAUGCUUGUGAAAUCUGGCUGGGGAGAGAAUACCCUUAAUGAAGGGCCUCAAAGAUUGAGGCGGUUUUUUUGUUUAUUUUUCUUUAGGCUGCUAGAACAUUUAAUUUCAGAAGUGCUCAGUGUGUGGGUGUGGGUACUCGUGAAUGCACACAUAGAUGGUUGCAAAUACCUUAGAACACAUUUGAGGACCUGCUCCUUAAAGAAAUGCAWCAGAAAACUAAAAAAAGGAAGCAGGACAGCCCAAAUUCUAGCGGSUAAAGUCAUAAAAUACUGGCCCUAUGAAACUUCUCCAGAAUUUUUUGUAAAUUCAGCAGAACCGAUAUUAUACCUAUAAAGAUUACUUCUUUGAGCAACCUUA